CCGAACCAUCUCCAGUUCAGUAGGUGGCGUGUCGAGCUUCUCACUGGACUCUGAAAAGCGCGGCGGCAGAAUACCGGAAGCGUUGAGUGUGACGUUCUUUCCGGCUCCGGUCUCUCAACAAGAGUAAAGAUGUUGAUGCCCAAGAAGAACCGUAUUGCCAUCUAUGAGCUCCUCUUCAAAGAGGGCGUCAUGGUGGCCAAGAAAGAUGUGCAUCUUGCGAAACACCCAGAGCUCGCUGACAAGAACGUACCCAACCUUCAUGUCAUGAAGGCCAUGCAGUCUCUGAAGUCACGCGGGUACGUCAAAGAGCAGUUUGCUUGGCGCCACUUCUACUGGUAUCUGACCAAUGAGGGAAUCCAGUACCUGAGGGACUUCCUGCACCUGCCCCCAGAGAUUGUGCCCGCCACCCUCCGCCGUCAGACCCGCCCAGAGACUGCCAGGCCCCGCCCCAAGAGUCUUGAGGGAGAGAGACCGGCCCGUCUGGCCCGUGGAGAGGGAGACCGAGACGCAUACAGACGGUCUGCAGCACCACCCGGUGCCGAUAAGAAAGCCGAGGCUGGUGCAGGAGCUGCCACAGAAUUCCAGUUUAGAGGUGGUUUCGGUCGUGGCAGAGGACAGCAGCCGCAGUAAUUUUCAAUGUUAUCUGUACAAUAAAGCUUCAAAAGUG